GUGCCCACAAAUUGGGGGCACAAUGUAACAUAUCAAGAUGGCAGCAAACCAAGCUCUCUAUGGUGGCUAUGAGUGUAACUGGAUUGAGGAUCCCCCAGAUGAUCUCAAGUGUCAGAUCUGUCUAAUGGUGGCCAGGGAACCUAGGCAGCACGGAGACAACAAAGGAUGUGGCAAGAUCUUCUGCAAAACUUGUAUAACACUACAUCAAAGAAAUAGCAAAAAAUGUCCAAACUGCAGGGAGAAACUAAUUCUCUUCCAAGACAAGAGAAGUGUUCAACAUAUCAAUGCUCUAAGAGUGAAGUGUGAAAAUCUGGAGAAUGGCUGCAGAUGGGUGGGAGAAUUUGCCGAUCUAAGGACGCGUCUAAACACGUGCGAUUACGCUCUACUGCCUUGUGACAACAAAUGUACAAACAACGGCCAGGCUGUAAAAGUUUUAAGAAAGAAUCUGCCAGACCACCUUAUGAACCAUUGCCCGAGACGUCUGUACAAGUGUCCACACUGCGAGGAAAUGGGGGAACACCACGAGAGGACAAGUACACACCUCGAAAUAUGCCCACAAGUUAGUAUACCCUGCCCCACUAGCAUUUCCUGUACAGCUGCUAUUCCACGCUGUGAACGCCACAUCCAUAGAGCUACAUGCCAGUAUGAGCGCGUGCCCUGCAAGUACGCUGAGGUUGGGUGUAGAGUGAACCCUCAACGCAAAGACCUCAAGGAACACGAAGAAAACGAUCAGAUUCACCUGAAGGUGACUACUGCCAAAGUUCUCGAGUUAACACAGCAACUAACUGACCAAAAGGAAAUGCUAGAUGAAAUAUGGUUAAUAACCAUGGAGAGUAAGCCACAAAUAACAUUUAGAAUGGGUUGUUUUGAGGCGCACAAGAAUGACAAAACUGUGAUUUUCAGUAGUCCUCACUUCUACACAUCUCACAGAGGAUACCAAUUUCGAAUUCGAGUCUAUCCAGGUGGUAAUGGUCGCGGAGAAGGCACUCACAUUUCCAUCUUUGUUUGCCUAAUGAAAGGAGACUACGACAAUGCUCUCACGUGGCCAUUUCUAGGAGAAGCCACCUUCGAGCUGCUUAAUCAGAUCGAGGACAAAAACCAUCACAAAGCGACUACAAAAUUCCUUAACAAUGCGUCAAGUCAGAGAGUGGAAGGUGAAGACGAGCGUGCAUUGGGAAAAGCAAAGUUCAUUGCAUACAGAGACCUCGAGUACAAUCCGGCCAAGAAUUGCCAGUACUUGAAAUAUGAUGCUCUAAUCUUUCGAGUUUCAGUGCGACCACCAAGCUACAAGUGGUUACAGUGUACCCACGCAUGAGUGACACAAAACAAUGAAAUUGCGUAACGUUCUUAAAGGUAUUAGCUGUUAUACAUGUACUAUAUAAUAUGUUGUUGGUUUAAUUCUUGCUGUUAAAUGUACGCUUAGCCUAUGAAUUUUUGACAUGUA